CAAAUAACCGCGCGAAAAUGUGUCUAUAAAGGCAAAUAACGCACAUAAUAAUACUGUACAUUUCAUAUUCUUGCGAGUUUCUGAAUUAUUAAUUUAAUAUGUAGUAUUCUAAAUAAACGUUUUUGAAUAUCAUAAAUACGUAAUGAUUAAUAUAAUUCUUUGGUAUUAAAAUAACAGUGAAAUGUGAAUGUGUUAGUUGACCUGCGUUACUCACGAAGUAUAAAACAGUUGGUUUUGCUUAGUGGACAAGAUUUUUAUAUAACGAAAAUUGGAAAUAUGGCCACAGCAUUCAUAAAUCAAUCGCAUAGCAUCGAAAAUCAAGAAAAAAAUAUGAGCAACAAAGAUAGUGAGUUUUUAAGUGAGGACGAGGCACCUACUAGAGGAAAAAAACGUAUUACACGACGUUUUUCAGGUAGUUCAAGUGAUGAGGAGACUAAUAAUAAAAAGAAUAGGAUCGCCAUUGACGAUAAUAACAAAAGAAAUUGUGAAGAUAUUGAUGAGCCAGAACAAAAUAAUAGUGAAAAAAAAUCUAGGAUUCGCACUAACAGUGAUGACAGUAUUUCUGAUACUCACGAAGAAUCUUCCAAUGGUACUGAACAAGAACAUACUAAAGAUUAUUUUCCUAAACGCGAUCGGAAAAAGAAACUGCGAGAGAAGCUUAAGAAAAUGAUGUCACCAAGACAAAAGGGUUUAAGUAAAUUUAAAGGAAACGCUUCAGAUAAGGAUAGUGAGGAUUCAGAUACUGAGACGUCAUGUCAAAAAAUUAAGCAGAAAGUAAGAGACAAUUCAACCCACAUCAGCUUAUCCGUGUGUGAUCCUGAUGAUUCUGAUGAUAAUUAUAUUGGUAAUGAUAAUAAUGUUGAGACAGAUAUAGGGCAAAUAAAGUUGAAGUCCAAAGCUACAACUAAAUCUCACCAGCCUAAACAAAUAAGAAUGUCUGCAAAAGAAGCAAUGGAAAAUAUGCAAAAGAUUAAAAGUGAAUCUAAUCGAAUGCUGAGAGAAAAAGAGGUGUCCCUUCCUUAUCAUAGACCAAAAGCAUUGUCACUCAAAGAUGUAAUAAGUAGGAGAAGACCAGCUGUUACUAGUGAUGGGAAAACAUUACCUAUUAAAAUGAAUGAGGAGCAGUUGAGACAUUAUGCUAUGUUAUUGGAAGAAAGGCAAAAAGAAAUGAUAGAGCUAUGUAAAAGUGACACAGAAGAAGAAGAAAAUACUAUUGACGAAGAAGAGGCUAAUAGUGAAAAAAUUGUAUUAAAUACUAGUCAGUCAUUAAACACAAAUCCUGAGGAUCUUGAAAUGGAUCCUGUUGACCAGAAUGAUCAAAAAAAUCUUGAGGAUGUGGCUGGUGCAAAUGACAUGAGUUUUGACCAAAUUGCUAAUGAAAAUAUAGAAUUUAUAGGUGUUAAUAAGGAUAGUUCAGAAUGUUCUGUUGAUGAUAAUCAAAAAAACAAAAUAAAUUUAACUCAUCCAACUAAUACAGCUGAUAAUGAAAACUCGAAAGAUGAUAUAGAUAUAUCUUCCAAACCAAAUAAUACUAAUAAUAGCAAUAGUGAAAACCAACAUCAAAAUAAUACUGAAGAAAGUCAAAUCAUACAAUUGCAUUAUGACUCCGAAAAGCCAGAUUGUGUUCCAAAAGAAACAGGUUCUAAUGUAAUAAAUAAAAAUACUGAUAUUGUUACUGAAAUUUCUGAAAAUUCACAAUUUUCUGAUGAUGGAACUAAUUAUGAUGACAUUGAUGCUUUAAUCGAAAAUGCAGAAAUUUUGAAAGAUAAUGAGAAACAAGAAACAAACAUUUCAAAAUCAAGAGUCAUGAUUAAUACUAAACCAAAAUUAACUGGUGCUCCAGGGAUGAUUAUCAAUUUGGAUGAUGAGGAAACUCCACCUAAACCUAGUGGGGUACAAUUACUGAAAGAAAGGUUCACAUUCUUUGUGAAUCUUAAAAUGGAGGAAGACAUGGAAAAGGAUAGGGAAAAAAAAUACAAACCAGGAACUCAACACAUAAAAUUAAAGCAACAGUUAGAGGAAGAAAUUGCUGAACAACGAUCAAUUGAAUGGGCAAAACGGCUUGAAGAAGAGAGUCUUCUAAAAUCAGAACAAAAUGCAAUAUUGGGAGAUGAAUCAAUAGAAGAUAUUGAGAAAAUUGAAAAGAAAUUAGAAGAAGAAGAAGAACAACAAAAGAGUGAAGAUGAAAGUGGUACAGAUGAGGACUUAAUAGAAGAUGAUGUAGAUAUGUCAGAUAAACCACAAAUACGAAAUCCCAUGCUUGAAGAUGAAGCUGAAGAAUCAGAAGAUGGAGCGUUUGAUGAAGUUAAAGAUGACAAAGAUGAUGAUGAAAUAGAACAGCCAAUUGAGACUUUUGAAGAUGAUGACGAUGUAGGUGACAAUGAUUCUAGUGAUGAAAGUUCUUCUGAGUCUGAAGAUGAAAUGGAUGAGCUCAAACCCAAAAAGAGUAGGAUACUGAAAGCUUUUGAAGAUUCUGAUGAAGAGGAUAAUGAGGUUGAUAAAGUCAAUGAAGUAGAAAAAGGUGGGGAGACAGAAAAAGUAGAAGAAAUAUCCAGUGACAAUAAAGAAUCUCAAGAUGAUGAAUUACAACUAGCUCAGGCUAAUAAAUCUUUAUCUGAAGAUUUAUUUCCCAGUCAAGAAUCAUCCAGUACAGUGGUUAUUUUAAAUAAAAACAGUGCCGAAGUUACAAGUGGAGAACUGGGCACUUUUUCAAUCCUUAGCGCAUCUAAGAACCAAGAAAAUAAUAUAGAUGAAGAUAUUCCUGACAAAUUAAGCAUUAUUUGCGAAACCCAACCUAGUCAGGCGAACUUUGACGAAAUUGCGGGCAUGUGUUCUGGAAGCUUCUCGCAAAACUUUGUUCCGACUCAAGUGGAUAAGUCCCAACUCUCGCCCUCACAAGAACUCGGGGAUGACGUAGCUGCUCUAUGUACCGGAAAGUUCUAUGACAAUCCCUUUGUAUCGCAAAUUAAUGGGCCAACUCAGACUACACUAACAAAUGUGCAAGAAACGGUAACUUUGAACGAAAAUGAUGUAUUACCCCUAACAUCAAGUUUAUUACCCAUAGUAAAUGAAAAUAAAACAAGGGAGAAUGAUAUUAUAUUGAAAUCAAUUCUUGAUGAGUUGGAUGAUCCUCAGUAUGAUAAACCAAAGCAGAAUAAAUUCUUCCCAAAUAGCAAAGAUCCAGAGAGAGAACCAGUAAAAAAGAGAUUUAUUAUAGAUUCAGAUGAUGAAACGCCUGAAGCGCCGCCUAUAGAGGACAUUAAAAAGAAGAAAAAACACAAAAAAAGGAAAUUGGAGGAGCGCGCCUUACAAAUAUCAGAUGAUGAAGAAGAAAACGUGACUUCAAAUGAUGAAUCUGAUAUUGAAGAUGAUGCAAUUGAAAAGGUUUAUGAAUAUGAUUCUGAGGAAAAUGAGGUCGAGGUGCAAGAGAAACCACAAAAAAAGAAGAGAAUUGGUGAUUUCUUUGAGAAUGAAGCAGAAUUGACAUCAGAAGACGAAUGGGCAGGUUCUGGUGAUGAAGAUGAGGCUGGUUUGGACAGAAUGGAGCGUGAGGAAGGAGACGAUGAAGUGUUUCACCAGGGAAAACUGCAGAGGGAAUUGGGCCAAAUACACAUGCGCGAAGUGUUAGACCAAGACAAACGCGAAGUGCGACUAAUUCAAGAGUUGUUGUUCGAGGAUGCGGACCUGGGCGAUGGACACAGGCAACGUAAAUUUAGAUGGAGAAACAAUGAUGGCGAGGAAGAAACAGGGACAAUAGUCGAUGAAUUUGGUGACACUCAAGAGGACGAAUUCGAGUCUGAGGAGCAAUGGCGAAAGCAGAGGCAUGAACGAGAGAUGUUUUUGAGGAAAAUGCAAGAAAGCGAUACUGAAGAUGUCAAUACAAGUAUAAACAGGACAACAAUCAUAAAAGCCAAUCUUACUUCAAGAACAAUGUCCAACCUCAUUGCUGAGGUUGAACAGAAGCCAGUGGAGAAAGAGAAUAUUGUUGUUCCUGAAAAGAAAACAACUAAGGAUAUUCCUAGCCCGAAAAAGCCAUUUGCAAUCUUCAAGCAAAACUACCACGGCUCGUUGUUAACCCGCGGCCGCGGUGCGCUGGCGCGUCUCGCUGCGCUGGCAACACCGCUCGCGGGGGAUGACGACGCGCCUACAGCGCUUGCAUCUGCGAGAGGAAACUUUGUUUUCGCGGCCCUUGGAGAUGAUGAACAUAAAGUAAUCCCGCAAAAACGAAAAGCUGAAGGUCCGAUCCAUACACCAAAAUUAAUAAAGAAAAUGAAGACUGAAACGACUAAAAAAACCAUAUACCUUUUUCAGGAUAAAUUAUUUCCAUACGCCGAAGAGAACGUGAAACAAUUCCUCAACAGUCAGUGGGACAACGAUGAUGUCAAGGAAGCCGUCAUCGCUCUGCGGAAGCUCGCCCUUGAAGAUCAAGAGAAAAGCGUUGAGGGCGUUGUUGCGAUCCCUGGAGAGGAUGCUUCUAAGGAAGACCAAAUUGAAGGUCUUGUGAACAACGUAAAAUGGCAAAUGUCAUCAGACCGCAAAGUUGGGGCCCUCAAACAGUUGCAAGGCUUGAUCUGGAAGCAAGGUUAUGAUAAGGGAGAUAUCAAAGGACAUGUCUAUGAUGAUGUCAUGCCAGCACUCGACCAAUGGCAUUCCGUCGACGGUCAGAAGGUGUACAUUUACUCUUCAGGCUCGGUGCAAGCUCAGAAACUAUUAUUCGGCCAAUCACUGUCUGGUGACUUGCUGAAAUUCAUUGAUGGACACUUUGACACAGCUGUUGGCGCUAAGCAGGAGGCAUCCAGCUAUAAGGCGAUAAUUGAGAAAAUUGGUUGCAAUGCUGAUGAUAUUCUCUUCCUCACUGAUAUUGUAAAAGAAGCAGAAGCUGCGCGAGAAGCCGGACUUCACGUAGCCCUUGUGAGUCGAGAGGGUAAUGCUUCUCUACCCAAGGAAGCAGUCACCAGCUACCCGGUGAUCCAGUCGUUUGCCCAGCUGACGGUCUCCAACAAGCGCAAGACGGACCCACAGGAUGAACAACCAGCUAAAGUUCCUAAGACUGAUAUUCCUGAUGGUAUUAAAGCAACCGAGCCGUCAGACACGAAAGAAGCAGGACCGGAGAAAAUUGUAGAAGAAUCAGAAAAAAUGGAAGUAGACGAUGCACCUAUUGAAGAUGCUAAAAACAAAACGACUGAAGAUGCCCCUGUUGAAACAACAAUAGAAGAAGUUACUGAUUCAAAAGAUGUUGACGCCCCAGUGUGUGAUAUUGAACCAAUUGUAUCAGAGGCCAAUCUCGAUAAAGCUGAAAAUGGCGAAAAAAUGGAGACUGAAAUUGUUAAUGGGAGUAAUGAAGCUGUAAAGUCAAAUGUAGAUGAAGUGGCCAAAGAAAAAAUUGAUACAAAAGAAUUAAAAGAGGAAAAAGUGCCAAUGGAGACAGCAGAUGUGCCAAAAGAUCAGUCUGAAGUAAAAAAAGACAAUGGACCUGUUGCCGAAGAAACUCCGCCUACUGUUAUUACCGAAAUAGAGGAAAUAACAAAUGAAAAGGAAGAUCUUUCUGAAGUUGCCGAGAUAAUAGAUGACUUGGAGCCUGUUGUUGAAGAACCCGCAUCGGCCACUGAUUUGGAAGAUUUACAGAAUGUUGGAGACGAAUUAGAAAAGGAAUGCAAUGAAAUAUUGUCUAAAGUGCAGGAUGUAACUAAUUUGGAUAACAUUAAUGUCAAGCCUUUAUUAAACCCUAUUGCGGAAGAUCCAAUGGAGGUGGAAGAUGAGGUUUCAAAGGACGUUGAUAAAUUAUUGGGUGCUGAAGCAGCAAUUGAAUCAAAAACACCCGAGGAUGUUAAACCGUCCGAGGCAACAAACGGCGAGGAAACCAAAGAAGUGACUUGUGAGAAUAGUAAGAGUGAAACAAAAGCAGAAAUAAAGGAUCCAGAAAGUACAACUACAAAAGACGCUACCGCCGAAACUUGUUCACAAGAAACUAAAUCUGCUACGGAAAAAUUAGACACCCCAAACGAAACCAAGCAAGACAAAACUAAAGAUGCAGAGAAAUCGGAAGUUACGGAAAAGAAACAAUUAGACGUAGAAAAUAAUAAAGAAAGCAUUGAAACAUCUGUAGAUACUACAAAAGCUAAUGAUGUUGCCACAUGUGAGAAUGAAAAAACAUCGGAAACAAAUAAGCCGGACAAGAAAACAGAAUCGAAAGAAACAACUGUGGAAAACAAAUCAGAGUCAGUAACUGAAGAGGUACAAUUGAACGGAGACGCGACGAACGGCAAACCGGAAGCGGUAAAUCAGAACGGAGUAGAAAAUAAAGAAGCUGAAAUUAGCGCUAGAUUAUCUGCUGAGAAUGGAAAAGCGGUGAAUGGUUCCAACGGUGAUGCCAAUGAUUCGGAGAAAGCACAAGGUGAUAGUAAAGUGGAGGAAGUGUCCGAGAUUAAAGUGAAAACCCUCGCCGCAGAGGAACCGCGCCCCGAUCCGAUAGAGCAGGCGACGGAAGCGUAAAAUACAUAAGCGGGAUUGAUUGGGAUCGUUGUGCGUCGUAGUGUUGGCUCACAUCACACGAAUGACAAGACUGAGGCUGCUUCCACGCUAAUAACAUCACUCCCUAGUUUAUAUUUGUAUAAUUACAUUUUCAUUGUGUACUGUGCGGUGACGAUUUUGUAUAUUGCCGGCUGAAAUCAAUAAAAUCGUAAUAAAAAUACAUCUACGAUACGCGCGGGCCAACAUCUAAGAAAUUUUCUAUAAAAACCAAUUAAAAACAAACUGCUUUUGACGUUUUUUUACAUCGACAGUGUGUUUCAAUAAAGUUAUUACCGAAACAUAUUUUGAUGGGGAAGCAUGGAAGUGAUGUUUUCAAUUGAUUUUUUCUUUUCUACAUUCAUAUUAUUCU